ACCCCACAUGUAGGGCCAUCGACAUCCUCCUCCCUUCUUCUUGCCCAGCAAGGCGCACGCCAUUUAAAAGCCUCCCUCUCCCCUCGCCACCCCAAAACCCUAACCCUCCUAAACCCUCGCGUCGUCUCGGCUCGGCUCGCCGCGCACGCGCGCCCCCGCAGCGCUCGGCCUUCGCGUGGCUGUAAAAGCGGAAGAUGCUCGGUGCCUCGAGGCGAUCCCUCUGCGCCGCCGCUGCCGCCCGCAGCCGCGCGGCCGCCGGCGCGGCCUCCGCCUCCGCUGUCUCCGGCGACGCCACCUCGGCCCUUCCCCUCCCGGUGAUCAAUGGGGCGCCCGGAGCUCCUCAGCAACAGAAGAGGUUGCUCUCCGUGCUUGCAGUGCCUAAGGUUACUGGAACCGGCAAUGUGGUGUCCCUCAAGCUGAUGGAUGGUGCCCUCGUGGGGAGGCGGUAUGAAUCAAGUGCGACUGCGGUUGACUCAUCUGACAUGCCGCCGGCUGAGAAGUACGAGUAUCAGGCUGAGGUCAACAGACUUAUGGAUCUGAUUGUGCACAGCUUAUAUAGUAACAAGGAAGUUUUUCUUCGAGAAUUGGUCAGCAAUGCUAGUGACGCACUUGAUAAGUUGCGUUAUCUGAGUGUCACUGAUCCUGAACUUCUGAAGGAUGGUCCUGAACUUGACAUUCGCAUACAAACAGACAAGGAUAACGGAAUAAUAACAAUCACUGAUACUGGGAUUGGCAUGACGAGGCAAGAACUUGUUGAUUCUCUUGGGACUAUUGCAAGCAGUGGAACUGCUAAGUUCUUGAAAGCGUUGAAGGAGAGCCAAGAAGCUGGCAUGGAUAGCAACUUGAUUGGCCAAUUUGGUGUUGGUUUCUAUUCUGUAUUUCUUGUUUCAGAUAAGGUUUUAGUGUCAACAAAGAGCCCGAAAUCUGACAAGCAAUAUGUGUGGGAAGGAGAAGCAGAUUCUAGUUCUUACACCAUCAGAGAGGAAAAUGACCCAGAGAAGCUCAUUCCUAGGGGAACUCGCCUCACUCUCUACCUCAAGCGUGAUGACAAGGGUUUUGCUCACCCUGAGAGGGUCCAAAAACUCGUGAAAAACUACUCUCAGUUUGUUUCCUUCCCCAUUUACACAUGGCAAGAAAAAGGCUACACAAAAGAGGUUGAGAUCGAUGAGGAUCCAGCAGAAGCUAAAAAAGAAGGUGAUGGUGAAACCAAAACUGAGGCUAAGAAAAAGACAAAAACUGUUGUGGAGAAGUAUUGGGAUUGGGAGCUUACAAAUGAAACCCAACCUAUAUGGCUUCGGAACCCUAAAGAGGUUUCAACUGAGGAGUACAAUGAAUUUUACAAGAAGACCUUCAAUGAGUACUUGGAUCCCUUGGCCUCCUCGCACUUCACUACAGAGGGUGAGGUAGAAUUCAGAUCAAUUCUUUUUGUUCCUGCUACGAAGAAGGAAGACAUAACUGAUAGGAAGACCAAGAAUAUCAGGCUUUAUGUUAAGCGUGUGUUCAUAUCAGAUGACUUUGAUGGAGAACUGUUCCCAAGAUAUUUGAGCUUUGUGAAGGGUGUUGUUGACUCAAAUGAUCUUCCAUUGAACGUUUCUCGUGAGAUACUUCAAGAAAGUCGAAUUGUGCGUAUAAUGAAGAAGAGGUUGGUCCGGAAGGCCUUUGACAUGAUACUUGGCAUUUCUUGCAGUGAAAACAGAGAUGAUUAUGAAAGGUUCUGGGAGAACUAUGGCAAAUUUUUGAAGCUAGGUGCCAUGGAAGACAAGGAAAAUCACAAGAGAAUUGCUCCUUUGCUGCGCUUCUUUUCUUCUCAGAGCAACGAUGAAUUAAUAAGCUUGGAUGAAUAUGUGGAAAACAUGAAACCUGAGCAAAAGGACAUUUAUUUCAUUGCUGCAGACAGCCUGAGCAGUGCCAAAAAUGCUCCUUUCUUAGAGAGUCUCACUGAAAAAGAGUAUGAGGUUCUACUUUUGGUUGACCCUAUGGAUGAAGUGGCUAUCCAAAAUCUGAACUCCUACAAGGAUAAGAAAUUCGUGGACAUUAGCAAGGAAGACUUGGACUUAGGUGAUAAGAAUGAGGAAAGAGAAAAGGAGAUAAAGCAGGAGUUCAGCCAGACUUGUGACUGGAUCAAGAAACGCUUGGGUGACAAAGUUGCUCGUGUUGACAUAUCUAAUCGUCUCAGAUCAUCACCGUGUGUUCUAGUUGCAGCAAAGUUUGGUUGGUCAGCCAAUAUGGAGAGGUUGAUGAGGGCACAGUCUAUGGGUGACACGUCUUCUUUGGAUUUCAUGCGUUCAAGGAAAGUAUUUGAGAUAAACCCAGAGCAUGAGAUAAUCAAGGGUUUGAAUGCUGCGUGCAGAAACAACCCUGAUGAUCCCGAAGCUCUAAAGGCUCUCGAUGUCCUCUUUGAAACUGCCAUGAUUUCCAGUGGCUUUACUCCCGACAAUCCAGCAGAGCUCAGCGGGAAGAUAUAUGAGAUGAUGAGUUCAGCCAUGGCCGGCAAAUGGUCCGCACCGGUGCAACCCGCCAAUCCGAGCCCACAGCAUGCCAUGACGCCUGACACCUCCGAGCCACUUGAAGCUGAAGUGGUCGAGCCUGUUGAGGCUGGCCAGCAGAAAUAAGAGUCAAACCCUCGGGUCGCCUGCUCACGCAGAAUCUUGUAGCUUACCUAGGAUCAUGUCAGACCGGAUAUGAGCACGGAGGAUUUUGAAUUUUUGUUUCAGCGGCCUGUAUAACGAGCUGUGUGAUUGCUAAUGUAGACAUUGGAUAGGAUCGAGACAGGAAUUAGUAGUGAAAAUACUUGACCAUGGUCUCGUAUAUGUGUUCUUUGAUGAUUCCGUAUCUCAAGUGAUUCUGUUUUGAAGGAUAAAACAAUGAAAUUGCUGCGUCCAGAACUGUUUGGAUCUGCAGCUCAGCUCGAGU